UGGGGGAUGAAUGUCUGUGUCCUCCAGGCUGCUGCUGCUGCUGCUGCUGCUGUGGGAGUGCCUCCGAGAGCCCGGUGCAGGAGCCAUUGAUGGAAAGGACACGCUGAUGUCCCAGCUGGAUUACUGAGCUCCUCGGUGACUCCUGGAGCUGCUGCUGCUGCUGCUGCUGGAAUAAGGAGCUGCCCUUUGUUCUUGGCCUGUCCCAGAGGCACCUCCUGGGUGCUGCAUGCAAGUCCUGGACGUGCUGGAAACCAUGGGGAUUGGCAAGAACACCACGGCCAAGUCGGUGGAGGCAGGAGGAGGCUCCACGGAGGGCAAAUACGAGGAUGAGUCCAAGCACCCCACCUUCUUCACCCUGCCUGUUGUGAUAAACGGUGGAGCCACGUCCAGCGGUGACCAGGACACAGAGGACACGGAGCUGAUGGCCAUCUACACCACGGAGAAUGGCAUAGCAGAGAAGAGCUCCCUGGCAGAGACCCUGGACAGCAGCGGCAGCUUGGAUGCCCAGAGGACUGACAUGAUUUACACCAUUGAAGAUGUUCCUCCCUGGUACCUCUGCAUCUUCCUGGGCUUGCAGCACUACCUGACGUGUUUCAGCGGGACCAUCGCCGUGCCCUUCCUGCUGGCCGAUGCCAUGUGCGUGGGCUUCGACCAGUGGGCCACCAGCCAGCUCAUCGGGACCAUCUUCUUCUGCGUGGGCAUCACCACCCUGCUGCAGACCACCUUCGGCUGCAGGUUACCCCUGUUCCAAGCCAGUGCUUUUGCAUUCUUAGCACCUGCCAGAGCAAUUCUCUCUCUGGAGAAGUGGAAGUGCAAUAACACAGAUGUAACAGUUGCAAACGGAACAGCAGAGCUGCUGCACACGGAGCACAUCUGGUACCCCCGGAUACGAGAGAUCCAAGGUGCCAUCAUCAUGUCCUCGCUGAUCGAGGUGGUGAUCGGGCUGCUGGGGCUGCCUGGGGCCCUGCUGCGCUACAUCGGGCCGCUGACCAUCACCCCCACCGUGGCCCUCAUCGGCCUCUCGGGCUUCCAGGCUGCUGGGGAGAGAGCUGGCAAGCACUGGGGCAUCGCCAUGCUGACUAUUUUCCUAGUACUGUUGUUCUCCCAGUAUGCCAGAAAUGUCAAAUUUCCCUUGCCCAUUUAUAAAUCCAAGAAAGGAUGGACUGCAUACAGGCUGCAGCUUUUCAAGAUGUUCCCUAUCAUCCUGGCCAUCCUGGUGUCCUGGCUGCUGUGCUUCAUCUUCACGGUGACGGACGUUCCCCCGGACAGCUCCAAGUACGGCUUCUACGCGCGCACGGACGGCGGCGUGCUGCUGGUGGCGCCGUGGUUCAAGGUGCCCUACCCCUUCCAGUGGGGGCUGCCCACCAUCUCAGCAGCGGGAGUGAUCGGCAUGCUCAGUGCUGUGGUGGCCAGCAUCAUCGAGUCCAUCGGCGACUACUACGCCUGUGCCAGGCUCUCCUGUGCUCCUCCUCCUCCCAUCCACGCCAUCAACAGGGGGAUUUUCAUCGAGGGGCUCUCCUGUGUUCUGGACGGAGUGUUUGGGACAGGGAAUGGAUCCACCUCCUCCAGCCCCAACAUUGGGGUCCUGGGCAUCACAAAGGUGGGCAGCCGCAGGGUGAUCCAGUACGGCGCUGCCUUCAUGCUGCUGCUGGGCAUGGUGGGCAAGUUCAGCGCGCUCUUCGCAUCGCUGCCCGACCCCGUGCUGGGCGCUCUCUUCUGCACCCUCUUCGGGAUGAUCACGGCCGUGGGUCUGUCCAACCUGCAGUUCAUCGACCUCAAUUCCUCUCGCAAUCUCUUCGUGCUGGGAUUUUCCAUCUUCUUUGGGCUCGUGCUCCCCAGCUACCUCAAACAGAACCCCCUGGUCACAGGAAUUGCAGGCAUUGAUCAGGUGCUGAACGUGCUGCUCACCACGGCCAUGUUCGUCGGGGGCUGCGUGGCCUUCGUGCUGGACAACACCAUCCCAGGAAGCCCCGAGGAAAGGGGAAUUCGGAAGUGGAAGAAAGGGGUUGGCAAAGGCAGCAAAUCCCUGGAUGGCAUGGAAACCUAUGAUCUGCCUUUUGGCAUGAACUUCAUUAAAAAAUACAGGUGUUUCAGCUUCCUGCCCAUCAGCCCCACCUUCGUGGGGUACACGUGGAAAGGCUUCAGGAAAAGCAGCAGCUGCAGGAGUUCAGAUGAAGACUCAGAAGCUACAGUAUAGCCUUAGCUGAAAUUCUAUUCUCUAGUUGUAGUCGAAGAUGUAUUUGCAGUUUCUUGCUGAUUAAGAAGCAUUAAAAUAUAUGUUUUGUAUAUCUGCAUUUAAAUUCUGGAACCAGAGCUGAGACGGAUUAAAAAAAAAAAAAAAAAAAAAAAAAAAAAAAAAAAAAAAGCUUUUCCUGCUGUGGGUGGUGGAAGCCAGGUCUGGUGUCUCUGGGGCAAAUCCUGCUGAUUUUGGGAGCUUGGAGAGAGCUGUGCACCUAAUUCUGUUGGGAACUUGGAGAGAGCUGUGCACCUAAUUCUGUUGGGAACUUGGAGAGAGCUGUGACCUAAUUCUGUUGGUUUUUAAUGGGUUUAGGUGGAGCUGUGGAGGUGCUGCUGCAGAUUUUUGUUUUUUAUUGUGAUUUUAUUGGAGCCCUCAGCGUUGGUUACGCCAGGAAAGCUGAACUUAGGAGAAGGAGGGGGAGAAAAAAGAGAGGAAAGGAGAAAUAUUUCCUGCAGCUCCUGUCAGAUCCCGUGGAUGCUGCUCAGUGAUUUCACAUUCUCAGUGCCCUGGAAACGGCUCAGCUGAUGCUGGCAGCUCAGGAGAGUUCCAUUCUGUGCUUUCGGUGACACCCCAGUGCUCAGGCAGAAGUUUCUGGAAUGACUCUGCCUCUGGAAGCCGUGGCUGGCUCAGGCUGCAGCAGCCCCUUCUUUUCCUGGCAGCAUUUCUCAUUUCUGCACCUUUGCCUUCCCCGCCAGGGCUUCCUUGGGGGACACAGGAGCCUGGGGAGCUCCAGGGGUGGCAGAGCUGAGCUCACACAGGAUGCCUGUGUCCAGCAGGAUGUGUCCUGGCCAGAAAUGCUAAUUAGCUGAGCAGCUCCAAGCAAUUAACAGUUGUUCCCUGCAGGGAAAGCCACGCUCGGCUCUGAGCAGGGUUUGUUGUUGGUGGUGGCUCUUCUCCUCUUGUGGGGCUUCUGCAGAGGCUGAUUGCUCUGGGAAGGGCUUUGGGGGAGCAGAGACACUGCACCUGCGGCCUCACCCGCCGAUGGCUUCACGGGUAUUGGGUCCAAUCAGGGCACCACUCAGAAAUCUUCUCCUUUUUCCUGAAAUAGUCUCAGCUCUGCUGUUAUGUGGGUGUUCACGCUCAUCAUGCAUUCAUGAUUAACAGUUUUAUUCCUGUUUAAUGUUCUUACUAUUGCAAGUUAGUUUUAGACUUCAGUGUGGCCCCAAAAGCGUUUUCAGCUGUGGAGAUCAUCAGGGAAAUGUUGUGUAAUGUAAUUUCAAGGCCAGUAAUGCUCUACGGUGCUUGCAUUUUGUAUUCCUGGGAAACCAUACCAGUAGGUCCUGUAACCCCCUGAGCUAUUUAUCCAAGUUUGACUACUGGGCAGGAGCACAGGAGCUCUGUUUUCUCUGAGUCUGCUCCCAGGGGAAUUUGUUCUGGGUUUUUGAAGCAUGGACGGGUUGGGGUGGGGAGGGCAAGGACGGAGCUGAGUAGUGUAGAGUGGGAAUGGCUCCGUGGAGCUCGUUCUCAGCAUGCCAUGGCUGUUUCCAGAAGCUGUUUUCCCCCACUUUCCCCAUGCCCAAGCAUGCCUUUGUUCCUGCUUCCCUCGGGGAACUCUCAGUAGUUUGCAGUCCUGGCGUCGCGUGGACUCCGGAGCUGCUCGGAAGUCGUCGUGUGGUAGACGAGGUUGGUUUGCCUGUGAAACAAACAAACAAACAAAAAAAAAAGUCAUUUUUGCUCAUUUUUCAGUGUUUUCCUCCCCAGGGAGCGAGGUGUUGGGCUCCCCUGCCUGCCUGCACACGCGUUGGGUGUGGGCAGCUCUUCUCAGGGCACGGAGCUCCCGCAUCCCCCAGCUGUGUGUGCGGCCAGAGUGGGUGGCAGGGUUAAAAGUGGGGUUAAAAAUGCCCAUCCAGAAGGAAAACAAACCCCCCUCUGGUGGCUGUGCAGCCUGAGGGGCUGUGGAGUGCCAGAUGCCAAAGCUGGUUAUCCUGUAAAGGUGGAGAGAGGGAGGAAAAGCUUUGAAUUCCCAGCUGGCUGCAGAGAGAGGAGGGAUGAGAGCAGAGUUUGUGUCUCACCCCGCUGAGGGAACCUGGGUGAGUCCCCAGUGGAGAUUCCCAAGUCCCAGGGCAGCAAAUCCUGGAUGAAUCCUGUCUCCUCCCUGGAGCAGAACUGCCCUUCCUUCCCCACAGCUCUCUCCAGGCAGGUGCAGCCCAGGUUUCUGUUGGAUUGAAUCAUUUCAGUGCUUCGUGCCCAUCCCCUCAGCCCCUGCCCUUGGGAGCAGCUGGAAUUGGAUCCAGUUUGGAUCAGUUUGGAUCAGUUUGGAUCCCAGCUGGGCACCUCCUCCCAGGGUGAGUGCUCACAGGUGAGCGCCAGGCUCGGGAGGGACCCCUGGGUGUGCAGGAAGGGCUGGGCUGAGCUGGGCUUGGCAAGUUUGGGGUGAAUUUUGGGAAGAGGAGCUGCCCUGUCCCCUCCUGGCACUCCCAGGGGAAGAUCAGUGAUUUUUUGGGGAGAAAUCCUUGAGUUCACCCCAGGUUUGUGCAGCUGCAGGGGGGAAUUUGGACCUUAAAUCAUUCCCUUCUCCUGGUCCCUUCUCCUGGUCGCUUUGCCAGGUGGCUGCUGUGAAAUUCCAGUUCCAGGGAUUUUCAGCUGAGCAGGGCUGGAGAGGAUGAAGCUGCAGGUUUGGGGAGCACUAAAAUCCCAAAUUCCAGGGAUUUAGGUGCCUGUACCAAGCUCUGGCAGGGCUGGAGAGGAUGAAGCUGCAGGUUUGGGGAGAAUCGAACGCAAAUUGUGUGUCCAGGUGCGACCCGACUGCCAAUGCUGGAUUUUCCUCACUGUCCUUCCCUGCCUUUCCCAACAACCAAACCCCAAGCACCCAGGGAAGUUGGCAGCUGAGAGGUGAGCGAAGAGGUGAUUGAGAAGUUUCAACCACAUUCGGAGAGGGAAGGGCAAAUAUUCAUGGUAGAAAUCUCAUUUUGUCAUAUCAGAGGUGGCAUCAGUGUAUACAAACAAAGUAACUUGGGAUUUUUGUAAUUGAUAUUCUCUUGUAUUUUUUUUAGGUUCGAUUAAGGGUUCUUGCUGACAUGUUGAAACACGUUUUCUAAAGCAAAUACUUGCAAAUUAUGCCUAUAGAAAUUUAGGUUUCGUAGCUGACAGCUAUGACUGAUUCACGUUGUCAUAUUGGAGGGACUUGGCUCAGAAAGCUCAAACCUUUUCAACCCCAAAUUUGCUUUUAUUGCCUUUUAAUACUGACUUGAAAUAUGACAACUUGGUUUGUACAUGAAUAUUGCAGUAUUUUAUUUCCAUAUAUUAAGAAAAUAACAUUUCCACUCAGGAUAACAGCGGUGUUUUCCUGGGAGGGAGUGGUAUGAGUGUCAUGACAAUGUCAUGUGAUGGUAGAAUUUCUUCAUUGACGAAUCUAUAGUGGUUGUGUAUACUUUAUUUACCCAUCUUUGUGUUCCUACCCAAAACUGGAGCCUUUUGUUGUUUCCUCCCUGCUGAGCCCUCGUGGCUCCCGGGGGCAGAAUUGGAGAAAACCCCUCACUGGGUCAUUAAACCCCAAAAACUUGUGCAGAUCCUGACAUUUUGGGUACAAACAGCGCUGCAGGCGCUGGCAGAGCCUGCUGGUUUGGCUGAGCCCUUGGAUGCCUCCCCCACCUGAGCAGCCUGGCUGAGACCAGCACCGCUUCCCCUUCCUUCCUCGCGGCCUUCUCCCACCAAAAUCGGCUUUUUUCGCUUUUUUCUCCCCUUUUCCUUUCCUGUUCCCAGCGGGGCUGGUGGGGGGGUCCCUCAUUUUUUACAGCAGAGCCCCCCUGGGUGCGGUUUGUGUUUUUGGGGAGGUUUGGGAUGGGCUUGGGGCCGCCCCGGUGCUCUGGCCGGGCUGUGGGUGACCCGGGGUGGCUCUGCCCUCCUGGGCACCCCGUGUGCCAGCCCCGACAAUUCCUGUGUUUGUCUGUUCAGAACAACCUCUGGCAUAACGAACUAUUGACUGUUCUUUAGGCGGUGGGGAUAAAUUUUUUUUUUUUUUUUUUUUUUUUUUUCCAUGACUUUUCGUGACUGACUUUGGCUGUAAAACUUUCUUUUUGUUCAACAGCAAAAGUUUCUUUUUGGGGGGUUUUUUUGUUCGAUUAUUGUUUGUUGUUCCAAGAUGUGUAAUUCUUUUACGGAUUUUUUUUUUCUUAUUCCUUUUUUUUUUUUUCUAACAUUGCUUCAUUAAACAACUAAAUAUUUAAAAAUGUAAUAUUUGGACCAGAUGUUGUGAAUAAUAGUAGAUAAAGCUAUUUUAUUCUGUAUUUUUAAAGCUGUUCAGUAUAAAUAAACGCGGG